AUAUCCGCAGGGCCUCUGAGAAAAAAAAAAAGAGUGAGUGAACCGAGAGGGCCGGGUGGUGUCAGAAGGUGUCGGCGGUGGCGGUGGUGACGACGGCGGUGAUGGAAUUGGGGCGACUUCAGACAGGAGUUAACUGUUCAUUGUGAGCAGCGGGGUUCACAGCAGCGUGAAGCUCUGUGAGUCAGAGCCGAGCUGCUGCAGGCCAGAGACACGUUUCACCGAACAUCUGGACGAGGCCCGAGUCAGGAGAGAAGAAGAAGAAGAAGAAGAAGAGGCCCACAGCUGGCGGCCUGAAGAUGUUGGCUCGGAGGAUGUUUCUUCUGUUGGGACUGAGCUGGACGUGUAGAGCUGCGUCUAAGGAUCCAUGGGGUCGGUGUCCAGUCAUCAGAAAGUGUAAGGACAAGUUCGGAGACGGGUCGUGUGACAGAGACUGUAUGGAGCCCGAGUGUCUGAGAGACGGCCUCGACUGCGUGAAGGACAGGGGCCACUGCAAUCCGGACCACAUCAAGUACUGUCGCGAUCACUACGCCGACUCCCACUGCGGCCAGGGAUGCAACAGCGCCCCCUGCGGAUGGGACGGCAGCGACUGCUUCACCCAUCAGAGCCCUCUGUGGGCCGAAGGAACGCUGGUCGUCCACACCAACAUCCCACUGGAACGCGGCACCUUCUCCAACAGCUCCCUGCUCUGGGCGCUCAGCGUCCUCCUCCAGUCGCCGCUCAAACUGAGAGGGGCCACCCAGCUCGCCACCAACAAGAAUUUGUUUGACAUUAAAGCUCAGCAGCUGAUUGAGCAGCUCGCUCAGGCAACACCCGCUGACUCAGACGGCUCCCUCCUUUUCCUCCAAGUGGACAACAGGCCGUGCACCCGUUUGCCCCUUACCUGUUUCCCCUGCGCCAUCGAGGCCGCCAGUUUCCUACGUGCCGUCAUGUUGCUGAAGCCCACCUCGUUCCCCACCCUCCCGGAGCUGAAGGCCGUCGUCAGUAUCGUAGGCGUCAAAGAGGAAAUAGGAAGCAGGGAGGUGGAAACGGUGAAGGAGGAAGUCAAAGAGCGGAACCCUGUGUGGCUGUGGGCCGUGGUUGCCAUAGCGGUUGGCCUGCUGCUGGCGCUGCCCGUGGCGGUGUUCCUGGUGGUGAGGAGGGUGAGGCAGCGGCGGGCGGAGAGGGAGGUCACCAACAGGGUGAGACACCGGUCUACGGUCACCGACAACGAGCAGAGCAAAGCCAAGGCCUGGACGCCGCACGCAGCCCAGAUAGAACCACGGGUCAGGUCCAGCAGAGACAAAGACAAGAUCAGCCUACGGAAGAAGAAGAAAGCCAAGGAAGCGGAGAAGAAGAGGAGGAGGGAGCCGCUGGGCGAGGACGCCAUUCGAAUGCGGCCUCUCAAACGGGACCAGGACAUAGCAAGCGACACAGACUUUACCCAGAGUUCAAUGGAAGACAUCAACGCGAGAUGCUCCAGACGACAGGAGGACGCGUCCAUCUGCGACCACAGGACCCAGGACCAGAAACAGUACCGAGCUGGACCCUCACAGUCCCGCAGACCCGUACAACCUCCACCUAGAGGAUGGGAGAGGAACGCCAUGCCGCCUCCUCUGCUCAGUCCUCCUCAACAGUCGGCAGAGUGGUGUGGCCCGGAUGGGUCUGUGGUUCUGAUCCGAGCCGUGCGUAGCGGACUGGACCGGGUGGUUCUGGAGCUGCUGCGAGCAGGAGUUCCUGUCAACAACACCGACCACACUGGGAGGUCAGCCCUGCACUGGGCAUGUUCAGUAAAUCACCUCUCCCUAACGAGAACCCUCAUUCGCUAUGGGGCCGCUGUCGACCUGCAAGACAACAAGGGCGAGACCCCGCUCUUCCUCUCCGCCCUCCACGGUUGCUACGACACUGCCAGACUCCUCCUCCUCCACGGCGCCAACCUUGAGCUGCACGAUCGAAGGGGCCGGCGGCCGAUCGACGUGGCCAGAGAGGGGAUGCGUCACCAGGUCCUGGAACUCCUGCUGGCUCACCAGAUUCAGAGAGGGCCCGUUACCGUAGAUUCAACCAACGACAUGAUGUGGGAUGAGCGUGGUCUGAUGUACUCGCCGUGGGUCGGAUCGCAAGGCCUGCCUGGAAGAAGCGCCUCCUUCUCCGGGAUAGUAGCACAUCGAGAUAUGUCCCCGCCACCACAAAAUGAUUGGUCGGUGAACAGAGUGCAGUACCCCGCCCCUCAGAACUGGCGACCUCAGCUCAACCAAUCAGCGACAGCGUUGGUACCUCCGAGAAUCAUGGGCCGCUCCCCUCGGCCAAUCAGCACCUUACAGGAGGUGACCUCAGAAGACGAGGAUCGCGACAGGCAUCACGACGUCCCCAGAGCUGCGACGCCUCACUUCCUGUCCCCUCAACCGGCACCUCGGCAGCGCUCCUUUUCCUGCACCCAGCAUGCAUUGCAGCGUCGCUCCAGUGCCCCACAGCCAGAGCCAAACUAUAUCAUCGUGACAGACAGAACAGCCAAUGAGAGCGUAGAAAGAGCGGCAGUUUCGCCUCCCACAGAAGCUGCCGCCCAAUCAGAUCGCCAGCCAGUCAUAAACAGCGAGAAUCCCAGUAGGUCAGAAUAUGCAGCGGUGGGUUCAUCACACCCAGAGCAGAAAUCCAGAGGUGAGAGGUUGAGCCACACGGCCGACUCCACACAAACGGCCUUGUAGAGAAGAGGAAAUGAAACUUCCGCUGCUACAUUUUGGCGAAUGAGAAUAGAGGAUGUGAUGAUGGUUCACAGUGGUUUUAAUAAAGCUACGUAAACAGAGGGGCACUGGGUUUUUUAUUUGUCUAUCUCAAACCGAAUCAGUAGCUCAUCAGCUGGAAGGAGUCCGACCUUGACUUGUUGUUAUUGAUUCAUCUAGUGGGUGUCACCUCGUAGAUUUUCUUGUCCUGUCAAAUUAAUACAGACCGACAACUCCAGCCCAUCACCUUCGCUCAGCCUUUUCUAAAUUAUUAUCAUCACCUCCGUUAAAGAGGUUAUGUUUCCGUGACCAUUUGUCUGUCCGUCUGUAUGACUGUCGCAAAAACUACGACAAAACUAUUUCCAUCAGCCAUUUUCUUUACUCCAGAGGAGCAUAUUGUUAAAUGUAAAGUUUCUGUGACAUGGCACAACAUGUCCGACAUAACUGCCCGUCAGUCUGAAGCUUCACUCCAGUGUAUUCACAUUGUGUUAAUGUGUAACAGGUUGUAUUCUGAUUAUUGCAGAAAUAUUUAAAGUGCUCAUGUGUUGCACAAAGACGUCAGAAUCCUGUUGAUGCAAUAAAAUGACUUUUCAUGUGUA